UUGCAGGUUGAAGUGUCGCAAGUGCGUGCUGAAAUUGAAAAACGAAUCCAGGAGAAGGAAGAAGAAUUUGAGAAUACACGUAAAAACCACCAGCGCGCUCUUGAAAGCAUGCAAGCCACUCUGGAAGCUGAAACAAAGGCGAAACAGGAAGCACUACGCAUUAAGAAGAAGCUUGAACAGGACAUUAAUGAGCUAGAAAUCGCACUUGAUCAUGCAAACAAGGCAAAUGCUGAUGCCCAGAAGACGAUCAAGCGAUAUCAAGAACAGAUACGUGAGCUGCAAAUGCAGGUUGAAGAUGAGCAACGCCAAAAGGAUGACCUCGCUGAGCAGCUCGCAAAUGUGCAAAAGCGCGCAGCAAUACUGCAAGCAGAAAAGGAUGAACUCGCCAAUCAGGCUGAAGCGGCCGAGCGCGCGCGUCGUGCUGCUGAGCAGGAGGUAAUUGAACUGCGUGAAGCGGUAAAUGAUCUAACAAACCAGGUCAACGCAAUCAACAACACAAGAAGAAAGUUGGAAGCCGAAUUGCAAGCUGUUCAUGUAGAGUUGGAUGAUGUUACGGCGCAGCUGAAGAGUACGGACGAAAUGCUGAAACAAGCGUCGGCUGAUGCAGCACGUCUUGCUGAAGAAUUGCGCCAGGAACAGGAGCACUCCAUGCAUGUCGAUAGGAUGCGCCGCGCGCUCGAAGUGCAAAUCAAAGAAAUGCAGGCUCGCUUGGAUGAGGCCGAGCAGGCAGCGUUGCGCGGAGGACAGAAAAUUAUUGCAAAACUGGAGAUGCGUAUCCGAGAAUUAGAGCAGGAAUUAGAUGGCGAGCAACGACGAAGCUCGGACUAUGAAAAGGAGCUGAAAAAGGGAGAUCGCCGUAUCAAAGAGCUCGAAUUUCAGUGCGAAGAAGACAGGAAGAACAGUGAUCGACUGACGGAGCUCGUUGACAAAUUGCAAGUCAAAAUAAAGGUUUACAAACGCCAGCUGGAAGAAGCCGAAGAAGUGGCAGCUGUAAAUCUAGGCAAAUAUCGCCAGUUACAAACACAGGUGGACGAUGCAAACGAACGGGCAGACAUUGCAGAAAAUUCAUUAGCAAAGUUGCGCUCCAAGAAUCGAGCCUCGACAAUGGCGCCACUGGGCGUCAGUGCCAGCGCAAGCUUCAUCCGGAUGUCUUCCCAAUCCGAUAUGAUUGAUUGA